CCAGAGUUGAAGCCCAAAGAACGCCCAAGAUUCAGACCUACCCAAAUUCGAGCGUAAGAAGUAAGAACACGCAGCAGCCGCGGCAGAAAAACAAAACAAGGUCUUUCUAGACAAGAAGAAGAGAGAGAAACAAACAAGAAGCCGCAAACAACGGUAGGAGAAAGCUCGACUCACCCUUGUCCUGUCCUUCAAGAUGAGGCCAUCAUAGCCUUAGUGGCCAUGUGCUGAAAACAUUUCUGGAUCGUGCUGUCUCUUAUGGAAGAGUUUAGGGUUUCUAUCAAGACUUGUUUGUAAUUUGAUCCCAAGUGUAUUUCCGGAGUUGGCACGAUACAAAGUUAGAAUUGAGAAAAUGGAGGUGGAAGCAGAGAAACAAGUAACUAAAAUUUCACUCCAUGAGAUUGAGGAGGCUGUUAGAUUAUGUGAUUAUUUGAAAGGGUUUAGAAGAGAAGAACUCAUAGAUAAGUUGUUCGACCAGUUUGGUUUACCGAAAUUCACUUUUGUUAAUCACCUGAGGCUCACGCUUGAGGAGAUCUUACAAAAAUCAAUCAUCACCCAGCUGCCUUCUUUAGUGAGGGCUUUCACUUCAUUAGUGCGAGGCUUUUUCACAGUUAGGAUUCCAUUGGAUUUUCAAUUCUUUCUUGACUUCUUGGAUGAGAAUUGUGACAAUAGGCUUUGUAUGGAAAAUGCUGUCAAUCAUCCAAUUCUUCUUAACAAAGAACAACGGAUUUCUUAUAGGUCAGAAUUCCAGUUGAUGUGCGAGGAUCUGAAGCUCUCUGAAUAUGAUCAUUUCUACAUCAUAAGAACGUUACAACAUGUAAUUCGUUGUAGAAAUGCAUCCCACUGUUGGACAGACACUCUGAAUCAACGACAUCCACCGUCUAAGACUGAGGAUUGGAUCCAACUUGCAUUUAAGGAUUGUAAAUGCACAGAAACGUACACAGAUGAUGCAAUGUCCUUUGUGAGGUUUUGCAGCCACAAUAACCUACACAAGUCUAGUAAAUGUCAGAGGGACACUCUGGAAGAGGAAUUAACGCUAUUUUGGCCUGGUUUUCUUUCUCUGCUCCAUGAGGCUGCUAGUAAGUGUGGACUCCAUAUCAACCAGCGGAUGGCAAACAUGAGUUUCUAGGAAUCUCGAGAAAUCUUGUAAACCUUUUGAGUGUAGGAGUUGGUUUUCGUGGGUGCAAAAUGUAGGCCAAUAACAAUUAUGUGGAUGCCUUCUUUGUAAUUUGGGGAGAUUACUGGGCCUGAAUUUUCUGUCAACUAUUUAAGUGACAAAACUGAUUCCUUGUUGCUCAACUGACUUUCCUCCAUGAUUCCAUCAAUAUGAAUCACCAAAAUCAUGUGAUUUAAUGCUCCAA